AUGAAAACAAAUGAAAAAGAUGAAAUACUGUUGAGUAAAAUUUAAACUGAUACUGUUCAAAAAGAAAAGCUGAAUCAAUAAAAUCAAGUAUUAUUUCUCACUAAUCAAAGGAAAAUCAUGUUAUCAUAAGCAUCUUGAGAAGUUAACAAUAAACACAAAUGCCUUCAAUUUAAGCAUCUCAAAGUGACUUCUUUAUUAGAUGUAUGAAAAUAUUCAUUUAUUAUAUAGAAAGUUAAUAAGAAAACAUUGAUUCUUAAUUAGAAAAUAAUAAGAAGUUCUAAGAACAAUCCUUAUCGAAUAUUGAUGGUCUAUUAUCAAAAUCUCAUUAACUUAAAAAUAAUACAGAAUUACAUAAAUCCUCGUCAUUCUCUUAAAUAUUUCCAUUAUUAGAUGAUAAUUUGACAUGUAUUUCUUAAACUUCAUCCUUGUAAAUGAUUAUAAUAAUUUUCAGUAUAUCAUUGGAAAAACAAAAAUUGUCAAUUCAAACAAAUAAAAAAAUUAAGAAACGAAAGAGCAGUACUGUUGGAGGUGCUAAAACUUAAAUCAGUAGAAAACAGAUUAUUAUAAAAUGCAAAACUUAAAGAAUACCAGAUAAACUAAUAGAAUAGCCUACUUCCAUUUAAAAUGAACAAUAGGAAUUCGUUCCAGUUCCAUCAAUAGAAGCUAUAAUACACUAAGAAGCUAUAUUGAAUGAAAAUAGUAUAUAUUCUUUUUAUACUUUCUUUAGCACUCUAAUUAUAAAAUUAAUACUAUAUGCAGAAUUUAAUUGGAUAUUUAAUGGGAACAUUGAAAGACAAUUUUAUGGCUUAAAUGUACUUAAACCAUUUCUCUUAAUUGUAUGACAACCUAUAAAAAUCAAAAUUAAUUGUAUGCCCAUAAGAGUAUACUUUGUCCAACUAAAUUUAACCUUAAAAAAGUAUCAAAGUAUUAUUAAAUCAAGAAAUGUAGAAAACCUUGAUUAUAGAUUUAGAUGAAACACUAGUACAUUGUAAUGAGUUUAGUUGUUUAAAGAGUGAUUUUUUUAUUCCAGUAAUAUUUAAUGAGCAAAUCUAUUAGGUAUGUAUAAUUUAUAUUAUAGGUUGGAAUAAGCAUAAGACCAUAUGCAUAACAAUUCUUGAGGAAUAUGGCUAAGGAUUAUGAAAUCAUAAUUUUUACAGCUUCAAAUCCAGAUUAUGCGAACAAAAUUAUUGAUUAUUUAGAUCCACAACAUAAUCUUGUAUCAUAUAGAUUGUUUCGUGAUGAUUGUAUACAAAUAUCAAAUAAUUGUCACAUAAAAGACUUACGAAUUCUAAAUAGAAAUAUGAAAGAUAUUGUUUUAGUAGAUAACUCAGCUUACUCAUUUGCUUUUUAAAUUGAAAAUGGGAUACCAAUAAUACCUUAUUUAGAUGAUAAAAAUGAUAAAGUAUAAAUUAAGUUAAUUCUUCAAUAGGAAUUAGUACAUUUGUAACAUUAUCUCCAGUAUGUAAAUCAAUUUGAUGAUGUUCGUAAUGAAAACAAUAAGAUAUUUAAUUUGAAAACAGUUCAAAAUUGUGUUUCUAUUGUCGAGGCUAUUAAAAAGUUAUAAGCCUCAUUCUCAAAGUGACCAAUUUUGUGAAUAAUAGCUAUAUAAUUAAUUAGUAUUAAAUAUGUAAAUUUAGGGAUUCUAAACAAAAAAUAUAUAUAUAUAUUCUUUAUAAUAUGAAAAAAAAUCAAAUAUUUACAAAAAGUAUAAACAUCAUAAGAGAUCAUUAAUAAGAAUAUAAGCCUUCUUAACAUUCGGCAUCAAAAUCAAAAUAAGAAUAAGAAUCAGAUGAGGAGAAUGGAAAUAUGUACUCGUCCUAAAUAAUGAAAAAGGAUAUUAGGAAAUAGAUUAUUAAGAUUAAGAAUAAUAAUUAUUAAGGAAAUAUGUAAAUUCAUUAAUAAUAACCAAAAAAGCAAGGUAUUCUUAAUAUUACCAAAAGAGGUAAAUAUAAAAGAUUAUUAUAUUAUUAGAAUCAAUAUAAUAAAAUAUAUAGAAACCAAAAGGAUCAUUUCCAAUAUUUAUUAGAAAUCUAAAAGAAGGAUCAACAUCUAAUGAAUUAAAAUAAUUAAUAAAUGAUGAUUCCAAUGUAUUGGGAAUAUAGGUAAUAUAUGUUAAUUAUUUAGAUUAAUAACAAAUAAGCCACUAUUACAUUUUCAAAUUAAGAAUCUGCUGAUUAAGCAAUUGGUUUAUAAUUAUAUAUAUUUUAUUAGAACUUAUAAACAACUAUAAAGAAAAAGGUUAUUAAAUGAGUGCUGUUCCAAAUUAUCAAUAAUCCAGUAAAGUCAUUGUAUUAGGGUAAUUUUAAUCAGGAAGAGGAUUCAAAGAAGAUGGUAGACUUAGAAUGGAUGCAAAAGAAUCGAUUUUUGAUAGAAUACAAACCAAAAAAUAAUGAUACAUUCUUUCUAGUUUAAUUUAUAUGUAUAAAAUCAAUGUUAUUAUCUGAUGG